ACACACACACAGACAGACACUCACAUGCGCGCGCGCAGGAACAUUUCGGCACUAUGCUGCCGCUGCAAACGCCGAGCUUUACACCAAAGGAGUUCCACCAUCCCGGAGAGCGACAUCACCUUUACUGAUGACUUUUUUUGUUGUUCUUGUUCCAUCCAGACCGUGGAUAAAACUAAACGAUGCACGGUUUCCGAAGCCGAGCAAUCUCAGGAGCGCGCGCACUGCGCUCUGCACGCGCCAAGACUAAAGACUUAACACCAGAUCUAAAUAAAUCCACUUCUGGAUUUUAUUCCCAGAGUUCCACAACGAGAUCUUAGAACUCCCGACACGACAUGCGCACGGAAUUCUUCAUCCUAACCUCAUUUUAAAACAUUGCACUGGAUGAAAAACCCGCUCUGUUUAUUUGUGCGUAUGUGCGCGCGUGGCUAUAGAUCUAUGUAUGCAUGUGCGCGAGCGUGUAUGUUUAUUUCAUUCACGGGAUCCAUAUUUGCAGAGAAAACACCCUGGAGCUAUAGGACAGGUUUAAAAUCCAACAUUCGUGCAGGGAAAUGGACCCAAAUGCCCCAUGCGAGCGAAGCUGUGUCAUUCAGAGAGUGGCCGGCUGUGACCAGAGAGGAGCUUGUCACUGAUAAAACUGCCAAACGUGCUGUUUUGGUCCACAUAUUUAAAUCGGCCUUCCCUGGCCUCCGACUGAAAAUGUGAUGAGUUUGGCUAUCACUCUCAACCCAAGCAUGGAUGGAGGCAAGCAAGGGCGUCACACAGGCUAAUGAGACCAUUGGUCUUGUGUUGGGAGGGCUUAGGAGAGCCAAUUACAGGAGGAUUACCCACUUUUCUCCAGCAUAGCUCUGCCGUGGCAAGCUUCAAGAGCCGUUAAAAACUUGGUGGAAUUUAUUUUAUUUACUUUUUUUUUUUUAAUUGCUUUACACUCGCUGUCCCUCUGAGCUGUUUGUGUUUUCUCCCCAACCAAAAAUGGAGAUACAGAUACGAAUACGGAAUAAGGAUGUGAUGAUCUUUAUUAGACCAUGGAUACCGAUCCUACUAGGCCUUCACAUGCAGUUCUCCUGGGCUACGACGUGCCCAGACGAGUGCCGCUGUGACAGGACCUUUGUGUACUGCAAUGAAAGGAGCCUAACAUCAGUGCCUCUGGGGAUAGGUGAGGGUUACAAAACCCUCUACCUCCACAACAACCAAAUCAACAAUGCUGGAUUUCCGGCAGAGCUGCACAGCGUUGCAUCUGUAGAGACGGUAUAUCUCUACGGCAACCAGUUGGACGAGUUCCCAGUCAACCUGCCUAAAAACACGCGGGUGCUCCAUCUGCAGGAGAACAACAUUCAGACAGUUUCACGUGGAGCACUGGCCCAGCUCCUACGCCUUGAAGAACUCUACCUGGAUGACAACUCUAUCUCCACAGUGGGUGUGGAGGAAGGGGCGUUCAGGGAAGCCAUCAGUCUCAAAAUUCUCUUUCUAACCAAGAACCAUCUCAGCAGUGUGCCCAUCGGUCUCCCGGAAGAGCUCAAGGAGCUGCGUUUGGAUGAAAACCGGAUAGCUCUCAUCAGUGAUGAUGCCUUUGAGAAUGUGACAGGGCUUGAGCUCCUCCUUCUGGAUGGAAACCUUAUGACAGAUGAAGGCCUGGCACCAGGAGCAUUUCAGGGUUUAGGUAACCUUAAAACCCUGUCUAUGGCACGCAAUUCCUUGACGGUCCCUCCCCCUAACCUGCCCACCCAGUGUUUGGUCAAGCUCAACUUGCAGGAUAAUCUGAUGAAUGAGAUCCCUUUGACGGCCUUUCAUGGCCUGCAUCGCCUCGAAAGACUGGAUAUUUCCAACAACCAGCUGCAGUCUCUCACACAGGGAGUCUUUGAUGGUCUCCUUAGCCUCAGACAGCUCACUGUUCGAAACAAUCUUUGGCUCUGUGACUGCAACAUAAAAUGGGUCAUAUUGUGGUUAAAGUCCUUGCCAGCCACGCUCAACGUCCGUGGCUUCAUGUGCCAGAAGCCUGAGAGUGUGCGUGGUAUGGUAAUCAGAGAGCUAAACUUGGAGAUAAUCCAGUGUCCCAGCAGUACAGCCAUAGUUCCACGAUCAACACAACAGCCCACACACCCCUCUUUGCCUACUGCUGAGUCAGCCACUGAAACAGGCUUCUCGACCCCAAACUAUGUCCAUACUCCCAGCUCUGCACCCAUGCCACCUGCGCUGCCAACCAAGCAUGAAGAUAAAGAACCGAGGACCGAGAUCCCUGAGGAUCCUGUGCAGGAAUCACUCCGUGUUUCCUUCAUCGUCUUAAAUAGCACAUGCGUCCAGGUGAACUGGAUAUCUACCUUCACUGUCACAGCAUACAAGGUGACCUGGGUCAAGAUGGGUUACAGUUUGAUCGGCGACCCUAUGCAGGAGACUAUGGUUGAAGGGGAGCAACAGAGAAUACACUUGACCAACCUGGAUCCCAAAUCCGUCUACCGAAUUUGCGUGGAUCCUCUGGAUGCUUUCAACAAUUAUCACACAGGAGAAGACACGAUUUGCUCAGAGGUGAUGACCAAGCCGGCCUCCUACGACUUGGACGAGAAGGCAGAGCAGGCAAGCCAACAGGACAUCAGCUCAUCUCUGCUGCUGGCUGGCCUGAUCGGAGGGGCCGUGCUUGUCGUCCUGGUGCUGAUGCUUAGCAUAUUCUGCUGGCACAUGCACAAGAAGGGACGGUCGUCCUCGUCCAAAUGGAAAUACAACCGAGGGAGGAGGAAAGACGAUUACUGUGAGGCAGGCACAAAAAAGGAUAACUCCAUCCUGGAGAUGACCGAGACUAGCUUUCAGAUAGUUUCUUUGAACAACCAACAGCUCCUUAAAGGGGACUACCGAAUUCAGCCCAUUUACACUACUAAUGGAGGCCAUGGCUACAGUGACUGCGAAGUGGCCAACAACAGUACAAGCUACAGCAAGAAUAGCGUUCCAGUUUCUAACCCUUGCCAUACAUGAUGGUUUUCGAGAAGGUAUUAAUCCUUUGUAUUAAAAAUUUCGACUUAAAUACGCUGUACAGUAUAUAUUUCAAAGAUGAACUGUAAAUGCUGUAAUUUAUACUCUUAUCAGUGAUAUCGCCUUCUUUUGUAUUCCGAGUAAAAUGCAAAAACAAUUUAUGAUGUACUAGUUCCUCCUGUUGUAUUACUACUGCGCUUGUAGGAAUCCAUCUGAGUAUCAUAAACUGGAGUAUGUAUGCAGAUAAUUGUUUACAUUGUUGUGCACAAAAAUCACAGAAAGUGCCCAGAAAUAUAUAGAUGAUUAUCUAGAUUUUGGGGGGAAAUGAUGGUUAGUAAGGUCCUGAUUGUGAGUAUGCGUGAGAAACUGAUUCACAUUAUUUAUGCUUGUCUGACUUCUUUGUUCUUUAGUUGUACCACAAUAUGGCAUUUUUUUCUUUCUUUCUUUCUUUCUUUCUUUCUUUCUUUCUUUCUUUCUUUCUUUCUUUCUUUCUUUCUUUCUUUUCCUUACAUUAAUCAGCACCUUUUUUCAAGCAUUGUUCAUUAAUCUGACUUCCAGAUUCAGCUGUUCAGGUUAAGUGGUCUGCAAAAACCGAAAAAAUUCUACCUGCCAAAAAAAUUGUACCUGCCUGAUUUGUUAAGCGAAGGAGAAAAAAAAACGAGGCGGGUGAUGAAAGACGUACUUACCGUGUGUACAUUUAAUGAAUGGGGGAAAAAAAAUUAAAUGUAUUCCACUGUGAAAAACCACAACUGCAAAGUUUGAAUUAGCACAGUCUGACAUUUUAGCUGUACAGCUCUCUGUAAGGAAGACUGAUGAUAAUUGUCCAUUAUCAUUCUGCUUCCGGAGGCAACUUUGUUCACAAACGGCUUUGUGUAUUUUUUAUUUAUUUAUUUGUUUGUUUUUUUUUGGACUAAAUUGGCCAGGUAAUUGUGUCGUAAAGCAUUAGACUGGAAUACAUCAGAUCAGGAAGAUUCAUUGCUCGGCUGGUUUUGAAGGCUUCUUAUGCUAAUUGUCUUGCUCUGCAAACAACUUUGUGAAACAUAAAUAUCCAAAAUAUGACCAGGUAUUGUUUCUUUGCAUAUAACCAUGCAUUAUUUCCAAGAAUAUCAAUAAACGUUGUCACGAUGUUGACUAGAAGAAA